AUGUUCAAUGAAUAUUUUGUUUCCAUCUUCUCCUCUGACUCGGACGUCGCCCUUGAACAUGGUGAUCGUCUGCAUAACGUAGAGUUUGAGAAUAUCACAUUAUCGGAGGAAGAAGUACUAGCUGUGAUAAUGAAUUUAGACCAUAAUAAAGCACAUGGCCCAGAUAAUAUUCCAGCCCGCCUACUGAAAGAGACAGCCGCGCAGAUUGCACCAUCUCUCUGUUCUCUUUUCAACAAGUCUUUACGUAUUGGCGUUGUGCCUGACGAUUGGAAACUCGCUAACGUGGUCCCUGUUUACAAACACGGAGAAAAAGCGGAGGUAGAAAAUUACCGACCAAUUUCACUACUGUCCCUUAUAUCAAAAACCCUCGAACGUUGUGUAUUUAACAACAUCAAACAUCAUGCUUAUGAUCAGAUAAACCCUUGCCAAAACGGUUUUGUGCCGAAAAAAUCCUGCAUCACCCAACUCAUCGAAGUCCUUGAUCACAUUGGCCGUGACUUAGAUCGUGGUAAACAAAUUGACGUACUUUAUUUAGACAUGUCAAAGGCCUUUGAUAAAGUGAGCCACGCAAAGCUGUUACAUCGCCUUCGUGAAUUCGGGUUUGGAGGAAGCAUUCUCAAAUGGUUCGGUUCAUAUCUGACCAACCGAUAUCAACAAACGACCGUUCUUGGAGCAACGUCGAGGCCGCUUCCAGUAACAUCAGGAGUGCCGCAGGGGUCCAUCCUCGGUCCAUUAUUGUUCCUUCUAUAUGAGAAUCAUCUCUCCAAUUCCGUGACCAAUUCAAGGAUUGCUAUAUUCGCGGACGAUACCAAGAUCUUCAAGACCAUCAAUUCGAUCUCUGAUGCGUCUGCUCUACAGAAUGAUCUGUCAAACUUCCAAGAAAGCUCAAGCACUAUUAACCUCGAAUUAAAUAACACCAAAUGCAAA